AUGACGAUCAACUACAAUAGAACUGCUUCGACGAGUAGACCGUGGACAUUCUUCAAAUUACUUUUCAAAUGGAAAGGGAGCAUAUGGAAAGCCGUUUAUUUGGAACUAAUAUGUUUCUUGAUUCUUUACGGUAUCAUCUCCGCCGUGUAUCGCUCGGCUCUCAAUGAAUCACAACAAAAGAAUUUCGAGGCAGUGAUCAGAUAUUUCGAUGCACGACUCGCCUACAUUCCGCUAGAACUCGUUCUCGGAUUUUUUUGUACUCAAGUAUUCAACAGAUGGAAUAAGCAGUACGAUACCAUCGGCUUCAUUGAUAACAUUGGCCUCAUGUCUGCCUUAUAUGUCCGAGGACGAACUGAGCGAGCACGAAUGUACAGACGAAACAUUCUACGCUACUGUGAGCUAGUUCAGGUCAUCAUCGUUGAUAUCCCGGUCCGUUUCCGUCGCACUCCUGCCCAAUUUGAAUUGGAAAAGAAAAAUCGUAAACUGUUUGAAUCGUACGACGACUCCGCACACACUCCCAAAUACUGGAUUCCUGCUAACUGGGCCCUUUCCAUGACUUAUGAAGCAUGGAAACAUGGUCAUAUCGAAAGUGCAUACUAUAAAGUCACCCUACAAGAGGAAAUCAAAAAGUGGCGUACAAAUAUGGAAUGGGUCUUCAAUUACGACUGGGUACCUUUACCAUUGAUAUAUCCACAGGUUCGGCUCUGUACAUUUUUACUUCCUCGUCUGUAUACUUGCACGUCAGUGGAUACCUAUUUCCCGAUUAUGACCGCACUACAAUUCAUAUUCUAUAUGGGAUGGAUGAAAGUAAUCGAAGCUGUGAUCAAUCCCUUCGGAGAAGACGAUGACGACUUUGAAACUAAUGCUCUCAUAGAUCGAAAUAUCACGAUGGGCAUGAUGAUAGUCGAUCAAGGUUACGAUCGUCCACCUGAACUACGACGUGAUCCCUUUUGGGACGAAGUUCAACCGCUUUAUUCUGAAGAAUCGUCACGUAUACCGAAUCAUCUACCGCGAGGAUCAGUCAGUCACGUCAAACUGGCUAGUUCCGUAUCUGAGGUAGUUAUGAUGCCACACUCCCGAGCAGAAUUUCAGAGCACACCAGCAUUUCCCACAGCCGGUUCAAUACGUAAAAGUAAAAACGUGAAAAUAAAAGAGUGA